CCACUGCUCUGGUCACUGUAUCGUCGAGACCAUCAAUGUCACUCCGACGAAGGACUCUCGCGCUGAAACCGGCAUCCAAGUCCCCUUCAAUCGGUAAAUCGUUCGAUUGCGAUGACGUGUGCUGCGAAGAAUGUGGAUCCGGCCACUCGCCGGCCAAGUUGAUUCUUUGCGACAAAUGUGAUCGAGGAUACCACCUCUUCUGCCUCAGACCCAUACUUGUUGCUGUGCCCAAUGGAUCUUGGUUCUGCCACUCUUGCUCUAAAAACAAGAAGCCCAAGUCUUUUCCUCUUAUUCAGACUAAAAUUAUUGACUUCUUUCGCAUUCAACGGUCGCCGCAAGCUCCUCAAAUAUCCAGUCAAGAUAUCCGAAAGAAACGAAAGCGGGCUACAAGCCUGGUGGUGUCGAAAAAGAAACGAAAGCUGCUGCCUUUCUGCCCAAGUGAGGAUCCCUCAAGGAGAUUAGAACAGAUGGCAUCUCUGGCAACGGCAUUGACAGCAACUAACGCAGAAUUCAGCAACGAGCUUACUUACAUGCCAGGAAUGGCGCCGAGAUCAGCAAAUCGCCCGUCUCUCGAAAACGGUGGAAUGCAGGUUUUGUCCAAAGAAGAUGCAGACACCUUGAACCUGUGCAGGAGUAUGAUGGAAAGAGGAGAAUGUCCACCCCUCAUGGUUGUUUUUGAUCCUCAAGAAGGGUUCACUGUUGAGGCAGACAAAUGGAUAAGAGACUUGACGAUAAUCACAGAGUAUGUUGGAGAUGUUGACUAUUUGAGGAAUCGUGAGAAUGAUGACGGGGAUAGCAUGAUGACACUUCUUUCCGCUUCUGAUGCUUCACAAACGUUAGUAGUCUGUCCGGACAAACGAAGUAACAUCGCGCGGUUUAUUAACGGCAUUAAUAAUCACACACCGGAAGGAAAGAAAAAGCAGAACUUAAAAUGCGUGAGGUUCGACGUCAAUGGGGAGUGUCGGGUUCUACUGAUUGCAAACAGAGACAUAUCAAAGGGGGAGAGGUUGUACUAUGACUACAAUGGAAGCGAGCAUGAAUAUCCAACGGAACAUUUCGUGUAAAUGUUGAUUUUUUUGCCACUUAGUGAACGAUCCUAAGAUGGGAUAAUACAAGCAAUAACAAAGCUCCAUUGA